AGAAAUUGAGCUUGGUGGUGAGAGGGGACUGUGGCAGUGGUGGGGAGGGGAAGCUUCUGUGAGGAUGUGACCUUUGAGCUGAGAAUUUGCGUGAACAGUUGCUUCCCUCAGGAUGAUGCUACCUGCUGUGGAAUUGCUGGAUCUUGGGACUCGAAAGCUGAGAGCCGGAGACACCAAGUGACUUGCUCGAGGUGGCCAGAUAGGAAGAGACAGAGAAGAGACAAAGCUGGCUUCAGUCUAGUCAGACACUGACCUUCGUGGGACAGCGAAGACUGACCCCUAGUUGGGGGUGAAAUUUGAGUUGACUUCUGAGCCCUUUGCCCUUCCCAUAUAGACCUUAAAGGCUGAGGUCUGGACCCAGGGUGUCUGGGUCAAUGUUUUAAUCUCUCUCUUCCCUCCCCACUGUCCCUCCUCCCUCCCGCCACCACCCACCACUGACUUCCUCCUUCACUUGCUUGGAGGCUACACCACAUCCCGCUGACCCUCAGGCCACACCACCUGCAUCAUGAGGGGGCUUGGACCCUCCAACACGCUCUUGCUUCUGCUGCUUCUUCUGACUUUGGCCGACAUCAGCCCGGUCCAGGCCCAAGGAGGGCCCGUCGCCCAAGGAUGCAGCUGCUCCUCCUUGAGCCCUGGGGUGCUGGCAGGGAUCGUGCUCGGGGACCUGGUGCUGACGCUCCUCAUCUCGCUGGCUGUGUACGCCCUGGGCCGGCUGGUUCCUCGGGGCCGAGGGAACUCAGAGGUGCCCCGGAAACAGCGCAUGGCUGAGACAGAGUCACCAUAUCAGGAGCUUCAGGGCCAAAGGUCAGAUGUCUACAGCGACCUCAACACACAGAGGCCAUAUUACAAAUGAGCCCAAAGCCUGCAGUUGACAGCCUGAUGCAGUCAUUCCUGAAGUCUACCACCUGCUCCUUUUUUUUUCUUUUUCCCCUGCCACACCUAGCAGUACUCAGGGAUUGUUCCAGGCUGUGUGCUCAAGGACCAUAUGCAGUGCCUGGGAUCAAACCUGGGUCAGCCAGGUGCAAGCGAGUGCUCUACCCACUGUACUAACUCUCCAACCCGCCACUGUUCUUAUGCCCAAAGAUGUAAUGCACAAAGUGCCUUCCUGAGACAUUAGACCCCUCCCAACUCUGUCCCCAAAUAAACA